AUGGCCAGUACUUUCAAGGCAAUACUUCUCACGUCAUUCCUUGGUUCGGUGUCCAGUCAAGGCAGUGUCUACGAAUUGAUGAAAAGUGUGUCAGGAUUUACGGUGUCUGAUCUUGAUAUUCUCUUUGAUUUUAUCGACAAAUUCGGACGCUGGAAUCUCGGACCAUUUGAGCGUUUUCCUGGAUUUUAUCAGAGGAGUCGAGAUUUCACGCACAAGUACGACCACCGAAGCUCCGAAGGAAAAGGGUUCAUUGAUAAGAUCUUCAGAGGAGCACACGACGAACAUGUCUUAAAAGUGCCAAGCUACAUUACGUGGCGGAGACUUCAAUCCCAGUUCCGCUCUCUUGACUCAAGCGACUGCACUGAUCUCGUAAAAACGUUCCCAGCGCUUUCCAAGCUUGGUAGCUGUGGGGAGGGCUCUACAGUAGCUCCACAAACGCGUCCAAAUCUUCGUUUAAGCAGAUCACCUGAAGCCUACAUCGGAAAUGAACCUUUCUGCUCUUUUUAUGGAGUACAGUCGUCUAUUCUCACAUAUUUUAAAACGGCGAUUCGCAUCUUGAAAAGUAGUGGACUGUAUUUACGGAAGCUUCGCAAACGCAUAGAAGAACAUCUGAAAAGUACAGUAGAUGAACUUGACCAGGGAUACCUUUCUAAACAUAAAGUAACAGCAGUUUUAAAGCAUACGGAAAGCGCGCUUUCUCUUCUUCCAAAUGAGAAGAAUGUAAAAAUCUUUUCUGAGCCCAUUAGAAUGGUAACAAGAAGCCUAUUGAAAGCCUCGGGUGAAUUCUUAGAUAGGUUAGAGGAAUGCUACAGGGUUGCUGCUAAAGAGAAAGAGCAAGUUCGACGAAUUGCUGAGAGAGUGAAAAACGAAAAGAAAGAAAGUUAUGCGCUAGAGAGAAGGGAUGUCGCACGUUACUUACGUGCAACUGAAGAAAAAAUAUCUAAUCUACCGUUAAGAGGUAAAUAA